AUGCACCGUUCUAGCCAGCUACAGAGAUGUGAGAGGGCCUGCGUCUCAGGUAGGCGGGAGGCCCCGUGGAGGCCAGUAGUGGGGCCCCAGGGCCCCCUAGUGGACACGUGGAGGCCAGCAGUGGGGCCCCGGGGCCCCCUGGUGGACACGUGGAGGCCAGCAGUGGGGCCCCGGGGCCCCCUGGUGGACACGUGGAGGCCAGCAGUGGGGCCCCGGGGCCCCCUGGUGGCCACGUGGAGGCCAGUAGUGGGGCCCCAGGGCCCCCUAGUGGACACGUGGAGGCCAGCAGUGGGGCCCCCUAGUGGACACGUGGAGGCCAGCAGUGGGGCCCCGGGGCCCCCUGGUGGCCACGUGGAGGCCAGCAGUGGGGCCCCGGGGCCCCUGGUGGCCACGUGGAGGCCAGUAGUGGGGCCCCGGGGCCCCCUGGUGGCUGACCGUUGCAUCAAGACACGCGAUGACCCUCCUGUAGACGCGUCUUUGGGGGACAAUGGGAAGGGAGGAGAGGGGGAGCCGCGGCCCCCGCCUCAGUGUGCGGAGCACCAGCAUCAGGAACCACAACAGGAACAGGAACCAGAACAGGAACCAGAACAGGAACAGGAACAGGAACCAGAACAGGAACAGGAACCAGAACAGGAGCCAGAGCUGGAGGCGGAGCUCGCGCCCGAGCCCCCGGCCAGCACUCCUCCCGGGGACGGGCCCUGCGAGCACGCCGCCCGGGCCAGCCCCCCCGCAGACCCCGCCGCCGCGGACGUCCCCGGGCCCGGCGGGGAGGAGCAGGAAGAGGAGGUGCAGCCAGACGGCGGGCCGGAGGAGGAGCAGGAGGAGUCCUCCAUCCACCCCCCUCCAUCCAGUCUUCACCCUCCAGUGCACAGCUCUCCGACCAGGUAA